AUGUCUAACACUGGACUCAUCGAGCCGUUCAUUAUCACAACCAUAGAUGUGCGGAGACUACCGGUUCGUUUGGACGACUGGUUUGUUGUAGAGACAAUGUUCGCUCCGGACGGUGAGGUCAACAACCAGACCAUCUGGAAAGGUGUCGAUCCGGAAGCGAUCAUGGAUUCAAAACUGAAGUGCGUUUUCAAUGGCACCGAUGCCUCGGAUAAUAAGGAACCGCCCGCUGAAGAGGUGGUCAAGACGCUCAGGAGGACAACAAGAAGCUAA